UGUAAUUACCCGCGCCGGCGAAGGACACGGGCGAAAAACAGGGGGACCCGCCGGAGCGACUGGAAUGAGAAUCUGUGACAGAUCGAAGUGCAGCGGAAGGAGGAGUCAGGAAAAAGGGCGACGCGAGAUUCUGGACUCUAGACAUUCGGUCGCUGGACGGGCCGGAGUAUCGAUCUGCCGGAUGAUGGAGACAAGGGAGAUGGAUCGAAGAAAGCCGAAUUGCCUUGUCGCGUUGAUUGUGCUGCUGGCCGCGGCAGUGAUCGGCGCGGACGCCUGGAAGAAGGACGAGUUCAAGCGCUGUGAUCAGACCAUAUUCUGCAAGGACGCGAGGAAUCGCGUGGACGGCAGCUCCAAUUGGUUCGUGAGUGAGGUGAAUGUCACCAACGGCAAGGUUAGAGCUCGGUUGAUCGAGGGCGGAGAGGGAGAGCACGUCGGGGGCUCAUUGAUCCUGCACCUGAGUGCCUACGAGGAGGGAAUUAUCAGGCUCAAGGUGAAAGAGGCCGAGGCCAAACGCAAGAGGUUCGAGGUUCCCGAAGUUGUGGUCAAGGGCUUGGAAGACAGGAGGCUAUGGAUCCAGCGCGUGAUCGAGAAGGACGGAGCCUCGAUGGUCGUGCUUGCAGGCUACGAGGUCGUCCUCCUGCAUCGGCCUUUCCAGCUGUACGUGAGAAGUGGGAAGGAGACUCUGAUUUCGCUGAAUGCCAAGGGGCUGUUCCACUUUGAGCAGCAGAGGGAGAAGAAAGAAGGGGAAGAUUGGGAUGAGAGUUUCCGGAGCCAUACUGACUCCCGCCCUCAUGGCCCUCAAUCAAUUGGAUUUGAUGUGUCUUUCUAUGGGGCAGAGUAUGUGUAUGGAAUACCCGAGCGAGCCACGAGCCUUGCCCUUAAACCUACAAAAGGCGCUGACAUCGUGUCCGAGCCUUACAGGUUGUUCAACUCGGACAUUUUCGAGUACCUCCAUGAUUCUGUAUUUGGACUGUACGGUGCUGUUCCAUUCAUGUUGUCUCACAGCGAGAAAAGAACGACAGGGUUUUUCUGGCUGAAUGCUGCUGAAAUGCUCGUCGAUGUGAUGCCGAAGGAGAAGACGGAGACCGCGGAGGCCUCAAGAAUUGACACUCACUGGAUAACUGAGAGUGGAUCUUUCGAUGUUUUCUUUUUCAUCGGUCCCGGACCCAAGGAUUUGAUACGCCAGUAUACCACGGUGACAGGCACAAGCACAAUGCCCCAGCUUUUUGCCACGGCUUACCAUCAGUGCAGGUGGAAUUAUAAGGAUGAAGCAGAUGUCGCUCAAGUGGAUGCAGGUUUCGACGAACAUGACAUUCCCUACGAUGUGCUGUGGUUGGAUAUCGAGCACACAGAUGGUAAAAAAUAUUUCACUUGGGAUUCUGUGUUGUUUCCGAACCCCAAAGAUAUGCAGGACAAAAUUGCUGCCAAGGGGAGGAAGAUGGUGACAAUUGUGGAUCCCCACAUCAAGAGGGAUAGUAAUUACUACAUCCACAAGGAAGCGCAGUCGAAGGGGUUUUAUAUUAAGGACAAACACGGCCGAGACUACGAUGGCUGGUGCUGGCCAGGUUCUUCUUCUUACUUGGACAUGCUUGACCCUGAAGUUCGUUCCUGGUGGGCUGACAAAUUCGCAUACAGUAGCUACCAGGGCUCCACUCCUAGCCUUUACAUAUGGAAUGACAUGAACGAGCCUUCAGUCUUCAAUGGUCCAGAGGCAACAAUGCCUAGGGAUAAUAUCCAUGUCGGUGAGGUGGAACAUAGAGAUGUUCACAAUGCCUAUGGUUACUACUUCCAUAUGGCUUCAUCAGAAGGUUUACGCAAGAGGGCAGAUGACAAUGAUCGGCCUUUCGUCCUGUCGAGGUCAUUUUUCGCUGGUACUCAGAGGGUUGGUGCAAUCUGGACUGGUGAUAAUACUGCAGAUUGGGAUCAUCUGAAAGUCUCUGUACCUAUGUUGUUGACGCUGGGACUAACUGGCAUCACCUUCACAGGCGCAGACGUUGGAGGGUUUUUCGGUAACCCAGACCCUGAGCUUUUAACGAGGUGGUAUCAAUUAGGGGCAUAUUACCCAUUCUACCGUGGACAUGCUCAUCUAGACACCAAGAGGAGAGAACCUUGGCUCUUUGGGGAGCCCUACACUUCCCUGAUCCGUGAGGCUAUUCAUACAAGAUAUGCUCUGCUGCCGUAUUUCUACACGCUGUUCAGGGAGGCCAAUUUGAAUGGACUACCACUUAUGCGCCCCAUUUGGAUGGAAUACCCCAAGGAAAUUGAAACAUAUGCAAUGGAUGACCAAUUUUUGCUUGGAUCAGAUUUAUUGGUACACGGUGUCUACUCUGAGCGGGCCACAUCAGAGGAUGUGUAUUUCCCAGGUUCACAGAUGUGGUUCGAUGUAAGAAGUGGAGCGUCUUAUUCUGGUGGUCACACCGUCAAGGUGCCCGUUAUUCCAGAAUCCAUUCCUGCCUAUCAACGCGCAGGCAGUAUCAUACCCCGCAAGGACAGAUUUAGGCGCAGUUCGUUCCAAAUGGAAAACGAUCCGUACACUCUGGUAGUAGCGCUUAAUAGCUCCUAUGAAGCACAGGGUGAGCUCUACUUAGAUGACGGGAAGAGUUACGACUUCGAGAAAGGAGCAUUUAUUCAUAGGCUCUUUACUUUCUCAAAGGGCCGCUUAACGUCUGUGAAUCUCGCUCCUACCGAGAAGGGUACAAAACAGUUCAAAACUCCAUGCUUGGUGGAGCGAAUCAUUUUGCUAGGAUUGAGACCCAAGGAUCUGUCUGCUCACCGUGUCCUGAUAGAGUCUUCUGGAGCACAAGUGCCUGCUGAAGUUGGUGCCCCUCUGUUGCGAAUUGGCUACCAUCAGGCCAAUUCUCUAGUCGUGAGAAUGCCUAAUGUGCGAAUCUCAGAUGACUGGUCAAUAAAAGUUUUGUAGAGGAUAUCUAGGAUCGUAGACAUGUACAUUAAACUUGUCUAGAGUUAGUCACUUCUUCGUAUACUUGACCCACCUAUGAGCUUUAAUGCCACUUUUCAUCAUCAAGAGUCUGGUUUUAGUUUUGAGUCUUAGCGAGUUCUCUCCCUCCUUUUCUGUA